CGUCGUCGUCGUCGAGUGGUACCCCCAACUUCUCUGUUUCUCUCUCAGUUUUUAUUCUGAUUUGUUGAUUGGAGUUCGUAGGGUCCCCUUUUCUGAGCUCUCAGCUCACACACCACUCCCAACCGGCUGAAGAAUCUUCAUCUUUUUCCCUCAUGGAGAUUCCGCCGCCCACCGGCAGCUUCCCCACGUCGCCGGAGUUCGAGUUUUGGAUGGUCCGGAACCCCUCUUGCCCUCAGCCUAAUCUCCUCUCUGCCGAUGAGCUCUUCGUCGACGGUGUUCUUCUUCCACUUCACCUUGUAUCCAACCAUUGUACCUCUCAAUCUAACGAACCUAACCCGAAAACUGACCCGGAGCCUCCUCCUUCCGAACCCGAUCCAUGCGACGGCCCCAAAUUGAUGCGCGUUUCGGCGGAAACGGGUUCUUCGUUAACCUCGUCGCAGCGGUGGAACAUUUUCAAGAAAAGCGAAAAGAAGAACGCCUCGGGUUGUCAGGAGGAUCGAGAGAAGGAGAAGAAGAAAGAGAAGAAGACUGGAAAUGGGUCUUCAUCGGCCGAGUUAAACAUCAAUAUUUGGCCAUUUUCGCGUAGCAGAUCCGCCGGGAAUACUUUCACUAGGCCUAAAAUUUUCACCGGCGGCCAACCCGGAUCCCGGAAGUUUAACAGUGCGCCGUGUUCUCGCAGCAACUCCGCCGGUGAAUCCAAGUCCAGGAAGUGGCCGAGCAGCCCAAGUCACACCGGAGUCCAUUUGGGUCGGAGUAGCCCGGUGUGGCAGGUCCGGCGCGGCGGAUCCACCGUCAAAACCUCCGAAACUCUCUCUCGCAACGCCGAAAAAACUGCCCGGAAAGAACCCACGGACGCCCACCGAAGCAAGGCCGCCGCCGCCUCUGGAGUAAGAGUUUUGAAUUUGAAUGUCCCCAUGUGUAUUGGGUACAGAAACCACUUGAGCUGUAGAAGCGACGAGACCAGUGGACUUGGGGCUGUUGGCAGCGGUGGUGGCAGAAGCAGCAGCAGCAGCGGCGUAGACGGCGGCAGCCAUGGUUCCGACAACAACGGAAACGGCGGCAGUGUUAGUAAUCCUGGAAAUUCAAGUAGUUCUACCAAUCUCUUUAGCAUAAGAAGCCUUUUCACUAAGAAAGUGCAUUAACAGUCUCAUGAUAAAAGGAUUCUCCAUUUUCAAACGCAUUAUUGUAUAGGAAGCUCCCCCUGGUCUCGAACUUUUUGCAUCUCUAUGUAAUUAACCAAAAGUAUUAGCCAUCUGAGUUCUGACGCUACUUAAUUUAUCAGCUCUGUACACAGUUUCGCUGUCUGUUACUGUAAUUUCAAUCAACUCAUUUAAAAAAUUAAACUCCCCCCAUUUGGAUUCAUCUCUUUGUUUCAACCAAUUUCUUGGAUUGAAUGAAUGCGAUUCUGGAGGUUUCUUUGUCAA